AAAAAAAAAAAAGGGCGAGCGAGGCGGAGAGGAAACAAAAACAAUCGCCCGGGCGCCGCCAUCUUGAGCCUGCUCUCCUCACCGCGCAACUGAAUGGGUAGCUAUGAAAUUACCAGAGGGGCGCAGCAAGGGAGGGAGGGCCGUUCCGCGCUGCCAGCCGGGCCUCGGGGGCGGUGGUAGAAGAAGCGCUCCUCUCCCCUUCGCCGCCUCCCUCGCUCCCUCCUCACGCCGCCCUGCGCGGGGACAGCGCCUCGGCCCUGCCGCCUCCUCUCCCGCUCCCUCCAAGGCGACGGCAGCUCCUCCACUUGCUCGGCGAGGAGGGCUCGGCGGGGAGGAGAAGACCCCAGCGCUUGCAGCAGGUUCUUCGGGAGGCCCGAGGAAGAGCUAAGAGGAGGAGGAGAAAGAGGAAGAGGGAGGCUUCUGUUGGCCCCCCUCCCUUUACGUUAGGUUGUGUGGGAGGCUCAAGGGGGAGAAGAGGGUGGACUGGAGGGAAGGAAAGGAAGAAGGAGCCUCAAAACAAAAGUCAACUUGCAUCCCCAGAAGAAGAAAAUGGUGAUCCCGCGAAGAGUUGGAUGAGAGAGAGAGAGAGAGAAAAUAGCCCCUAAGGAGGACUCUGCCUGUGUACCUUGCCCACCUCUUUCCACUCCAGAAGACCAUGGUUGUGCAGCAUCGCCUCACGUCUUCUUCACCCGAGGUGGAUUGAGCUCUUCAGGACAGAUUCCUGUUCUGAACAGAGACUGGGGGAGAAACGUGCUUGGGUUUUGUCUUCUUCCCCUCCCACCAGCCUUCCAUUUCUCCUUCAUCAGAAAGCUUCUAUGUAAGGGUAUUUUGAAUUACUGUGUUGGGGAAAUCCUCUUAAUAAGCUGCAAGUUUAUUAAGGGCAAGGAACAAUCUGAAAUAUAUGCCGCCUUCUUCAUGAUCGUGAAAGUGGAAAGGAUUUGGUAAGACAAGAGGGAAUGUGCAGCGUUCACUGACUGGAUAAGGAAAAAGGACCAAGCCGUCCUUCAUUAACAUUUUUUGGGGCUUUUUUCUGGAGAACGGGUGAACUCUUGUUUCUGCCCUCUUCAUCGUUGUGGGUUGAACUCAGCAUUUAUUAAUAGGAAACGCUGGUGUUUCACAAAUUUCUUUCUCAAGUUUUUUUUAAAUCAAAGGAUUAGUUUGUGAUUACUCCUUCCAUCCAAGGCAUGUUAGUGUUGACACUUGAAACUGAAAUGGAACUAUUUCUCACUCGGACACUACAGGCUUGACACUACAUGCUUGAAAAGAAGCGUGAAGAUGAAAGUAUUGUUUACUAAUAUCUGUACUUCUUGCCGGUUUCCAACACUCAUGGGAGAUACCUUUCAGAUCUCAAAGUGAAGACUUACCUGCUCAACACUAAACUGCUUUAUUGCAUUAAUUGAAAUUUUUUGCCACUGUUUGUACAGAAGCCAAAUGAUGUGAGUGUUCCUCAAUAUAUAUCUACAUUGUUUUACUUGUGGGUCUACUGAAAAAAAGCUGGUUAGACUGAAAAUUGUUUUUACUCAUAUGGGACGUGUUACUUUCCAAGAUAACUUAAAAUAACUGAAAGAAGGAUUUUCAUAUUUGGAAGACCCAGGAAGCUGGAUAUAUAGAAUUUUCUUCAAACUGAUUUUAACUAUUUGGAAAAUGGGAGCUGCUACAAAGUUGGUGUUUGCUGUUUUUCUUAUCUCCUGUUCUUCAGGUGCCAUUCUAGGCAGAUCAGAGACACAGGAGUGCAUCUUCUACAACGCUAAUUGGGAAAAUGAUAGAACAAAUCGCAGUGGCAUUGAAUCGUGUUAUGGUGAUAAAGAUAAAAGACGACAUUGCUUUGCAACGUGGAAGAAUAUUUCUGGAUCUAUUGAAAUUGUGAAAAAGGGUUGCUGGCUAGAUGAUAUUAACUGUUAUGACAGAGCUGAAUGCAUAGAAAGAAAAGACAGCCCUGAAGUGUUUUUCUGCUGCUGCGAAGGCAACAUGUGCAAUGAACAUUUUUUCUACUCUCCAGAGAUGGAGGUCACACAGCCUACUUCCAAUCCUGUUCCACCUAAACCACCCUUGUUCAGUACUUUGCUUUAUUCUCUGGUGCCUAUAAUGGGAAUCGCAGUUAUCAUACUGUUUUCAUUUUGGAUGUACCGACACCAUAAAUUGGCAUAUCCUCCAGUACUUGUACCAACCCAGCACGCCUUUCAUAUAAUGAUAGAGGAUCCUGGACCACCCCCUCCAUCGCCUCUGAUGGGCCUCAAGCCACUGCAAUUACUUGAGGUCAAAGCCAGGGGAAGAUUUGGCUGUGUCUGGAAAGCUCAGUUGUUAAAUGAAUAUGUGGCUGUGAAAAUAUUCCCAAUCCAGGACAAACAGUCAUGGCAAAAUGAAUAUGAGAUAUAUAGCUUGCCUGGAAUGAAACAUGAAAAUAUACUCCAGUUUAUUGGUGCUGAGAAGCGAGGAACCAACAUUGAUGUUGAUUUGUGGCUAAUAACAGCAUUUCAUGAAAAGGGGUCACUUACCGACUUUCUGAAGGCUAACGUAGUCUCAUGGAAUGAACUCUGUCACAUUGCUGAAACUAUGGCUAGGGGUUUGGCUUACCUUCAUGAAGAUAUCCCUGGUUUGAAAGAUGGACAUAAACCAGCUAUAUCCCACAGGGACAUUAAAAGCAAGAACGUAUUGCUGAAAAAUAAUCUUACGGCUUGUAUUGCUGACUUUGGCCUUGCUUUAAAAUUUGAGGCUGGGAAGUCAGCAGGCGAUACACAUGGUCAGGUUGGCACCCGAAGAUACAUGGCUCCCGAAGUGUUAGAAGGUGCUAUCAACUUCCAAAGGGAUGCGUUUUUGAGAAUAGAUAUGUAUGCCAUGGGACUAGUCUUGUGGGAACUGGCAUCACGAUGUACUGCAUCAGAUGGACCAGUGGAUGAAUAUAUGUUACCUUUUGAGGAAGAAGUGGGCCAGCAUCCUUCUCUUGAAGAUAUGCAGGAAGUUGUUGUACAUAAAAAGAAGAGGCCUGUCUUGAGAGAGUGUUGGCAGAAACAUGCUGGAAUGGCAAUGCUCUGUGAAACAAUAGAAGAGUGCUGGGAUCAUGAUGCAGAAGCUCGAUUGUCAGCAGGCUGUGUAGAGGAACGCAUUAUUCAGAUGCAAAGACUAACAAACAUUAUAACAACAGAGGACAUUGUGACAGUUGUCACGAUGGUAACAAAUGUGGACUUCCCUCCCAAAGAAUCCAGUCUAUGAUAGUUGCACUGGUCGCACACUUUGACCAAUAAGACUCUGCGCUGGAGCUGCUAAGCUAAGGGGCCUGAUUCUGGUCAACUCUUUUCUGUGUGAUAUGUGGAAGGAAUGGUAAGUCUGGCUUUGGAGUGUCAGUGGGACGAUGCUUCCCUGCCCUACUCCAGACAUGGAUCCAGGAGACUUACUGCAUUCCUUGUAUACAACAACUGAAGGACAUGGGACUGAGAGAAAAAUAGCAAGAUGAUGUUAACAAACUUAUUUGAAGAAGAACAUGGACCUAUCCUGGCUAGUCAAACAUUUUAAAACCUGACAUUGUAUUUCUUAACAUGUCAGACUAAUUCCUUAAAAUGAACUACUGCUAUUUUUUUUAAAUCAAACAUUUCAUUUUCCGAUUUAAGAAAAAGGGUUACUUGUUUUUAUUGCAUUUGCUGUUGUGUUUAUAUAAAUGACUAUUGUAAUGCCAAUAUGACACAGCUUGUGAAUGUUUAGUGUGCUGCUGUUCUAUGUAAUCAAAGUGGGAUCUAGCAAAAAGGCUUCCAAGCAUUACUUAACCUCCCUCAACAAGGUAUACCUCAGUUCCACCUAUGCUUCAUCAUUGAAUUGACAACACUAACAAAACCAAGAUAAUAAAUUGAUCCAGAUUUUGUAAAUGGUGUAUUACAGAUUCACGGUAUUGUUUUUUUAAAAGAUGGUAAGAUAUGAUUCAUGCCAACAGUCAGUGGCCAUUCCUGAAAUUGCGUGUUAACCUUUCCUUGUUCUAUCUUGUGUAUAAAAAUGUAUUGUGUGUUCAAUGGAAAACAUCCCCAAUUUUUAGUUUAAAGCUUUAUUUUGCCUCCAGUUCCCAAAACGUUGCAUACAUUUAUUUUACAAAAUAUUUAGGUUUGCUGUGUCUGAUGGUAAUUUUAAAUUUUAAGCAUGAUUCUUUUUUUAAAAAGAGAUUUAUGAGAGCAAUGGCACUGGAAAACUCUUCUUUGGAAAGAAGCCUUUUUCAAUUUUAUAUAUAUGUAAAUGUUCUGCCUCAUGUAUUUUGUUUUACUGAACAGGAGACAGUAGGUUGGAUGCAGACUGAGGUGUGUGCAAUGAGGCUGGGAGAAGCAGUCAUCCCCUUCUCCAGCUUCCCGGGAGCACUCUGCCAACUCACUCCUUUUUGGGGGGCAACCCAUGAGUGAGGAAUGGCUCGUGCUGUUGCACUUGCCAAACGCUGAAUUCAGCCUAUUCCCCACUGUGUUACUGUUUCAAGAUCACCUCAGGAAUCUUCACUACCCUUGCUCCUUUGCAACUUCACAGUGCUUCAUUUUUGUUCCCCAACUUAUCUGAGUAAUAUUUUGCCCGUGAUUCAAUACAUUUUCCCUAUGUUCACAAAAAAAUUAAAUUAAAGUUAGGUAAUUGCUUUUUAAAAACAAACUUACCAUCAGAUAUGCAAUUAUUUCUGUUAAUGUAGCAGUUGAACACAAAGAAAAAGCCCUUCCACAUUACCUUUAAAUUGCUUUAUUUAAUAGGGACAGGAGCUUAAGAUAUGAGCCUUGCCAUGAAAACUCUAGCUAAAUGGGCAGGAAGUAGAUAGGUGCCAAAGUACUUUUGAGAAGUAAUAACACUACAGUUAUUUGAGCAAUUGUAUGUUUGCAGGCCAAAGUAAGUUAACUCUAAAACUAAAGUACUGAACCAACAGUAGCCACUAAGUAUUAUGAGAUUCUGUACAGGUCCUUAAAGAAGACACACAUCAUGCAUUACAUUAUAAAGAGUUUGGGGUGAGGUUUUUUGUCACAAUCAAAAGUUCGCUGUGAAUGUUUUCUUCUUAACAGUUAUUUAUUAAACCACGCCGUUUUCUUACAUAUUGAUCUCUGGGAACAAAGAGGAAUUUAUUUAUAAGCAAGAUUUCUGUGUCUAAACUCUAAAACAAGGAGAAUGGAAACAGCUGAGGAGUUUGUCUCUUAGUGACCCAACCAGAGAUUACUAUUUUGUCUCAUGGUUUUGUAGUAGCCGUAAGACCAUUUGGGCUACCAUUAUUUACUCUUGGGCACUUGUUGCUAGUUCCGUUCGUUGACAAACAUAGGAGGACUGUUUGAGUUGUGUUUUUUUAAAAAAAAUAAAGAGGAAUACUUUGAUUAUUUGUGAUUUCAGGCAUGAAUACAGCAAUUCCAACUCAAGGAGUUGCACCUAAAAAUACCUGAAUUGUAUAUUUGAUUCCUCCUUAAAAUGUUUAUACUAGGAAGAUGCAUAAAGUUUUAGCAAUGGACAUCCAGAAACAUGUAAAUAUUAAAAAAAACAUUUAUGUCGCAGACAUAGAUGAAAUGUUUGUUUUGGGGGUCUCCCCUCCAAUCUUUUCUAGAGCAGCUUUCUAUCAAACACAGAUUUACACCAGUAUGACCCAAACCAGAUGGGAACAUUUUUCUCAUGUAUUUUUCCUAAUACAUUUCUCAUUGCAGGUCAUAUAGGGGAAAUAAUCAAAACUGACAAUCAGUGUAAUGCUUCUUCAUAUAUGUAGGUAGGUAUAUAUAUAUAUAUAUAUAUAUAUAUAUAUAUAUAUAUAUAUUACAAAUCUCUCUUGGAAUCCCACAACUAACUUAUUUAAUGUUUGUAAAAAGAAUGAUACCAUAUGUCAGAAAAUACUUUUGACAAAUCUCAUUUCUUUGGGUAGGAUCUGUGAAAUUGCUACAGUUCAGACUGUUUGUGUCCAAAUAUAAGACAGUCACAUCUUGCAGGGAAUUUCAAAUUCUUUGUUUCCAGCUCAUCAAGAAAACAAAGGUGGAUAAGUUUGACAAGAACGUUUAAGACAAGAAACGUGUAAAAGUUGGGGGGGGGGGUCCCCCAAAAAAGAAGAAGGUCUGAGCUGGGGAAGGUGUUUUGUUUUCUGACAGGUAUUGUGACCAUUGUGGCUUUUUGUAUUUGAAUCAUACCGCUUAUGUGGAUCUGGCCAGCUCUGGUGGUUUACCUUGUAUCUUUGAACUUGUGAAGAAAUGCUAGGGCCCUGGCUCAAACUUUCAUUUGUCUUUGGUUUGCCUAUGUCUACUUAGUUGGCUGCCAUAUAAUUACCACAGGAAUUAAGAGAUUAGUCAGUUCUGUGAUCAAUUUAGACGUCUAAACCCUGCAAUACCUUUUCAGUUUGUGUUAGAUGCUAAGAACUGUAUAUCACAUAAUGCAUGACUACUCUUUGUACAGUUGCUAAAUAUAACUUAGCAUUUCAGAACAGAUUGUGCCUCGUAAUUGUUGGAGUUCCUUGACCUAGCAUUAUCAUUCAUGGUGGUAUUCUGAAAAUGAGUCUGGAUUAAAAAUACACAACUUUAUACCUUCUUUGAUAGCAAAAAUCCAUGUGGAGUAGCUCUUGCCAUAACUAAGGUGUAAUCUCAGAUGUAGUAGUAAUAAAUAUUGUUCAUACUACAGUUCUACAGAAUAAAUGGCUGAUUGUAGUUUAACCAAGUGAGGUGACUGAUUGGUUGACCUUUUCCACUUCUCUUUUUAACCUUUUUAAUGCAUUUUUAUUAGGAAUAUUUGGUAUAAGAUAACAGAAAGCUAUGUACAGGAUUAUGAGCAAAAGAUAAAAUAGUAUCCUUGUUGGAACACCAUUUACCUCAAGAUACUCAACCAGCAGUACUUUUUUUUUAAUGCACACUCAGUCCAUAUAAGAUGUUACCUCUCAAGAUAUUGGUGAGCAAUUAUUUUAGCUUUACUCUGUACAUGUCAGUGUUCUGGGCACAGGUUGUUGUACUACUGUCAAAUUGCUCUUGCUAUUUUUUUUUGGCAAGUAUUUAAAAGAAAAUAACCCCAUCCUGGAUAAAAGUGAUUGUGAAAUAUUGUAUAAAUGUAUGCUCUCUCUUUCCCUAUUCCCACAGAAAGAUGAAUAAAAAAUUAAGUGACUACUA